AGUAAUGAUAGACUGUGAGGUUGUGUUGUAUAAGCACAAAUGUCCGACAAAUUACCUCAAAAAUAAUUUCUGGGAUGUGACAAAGAUUACCUGUUGCGUCGAAAAGCCUAACACCCUACCAACUGAGGGCUUAUCCGGUCCUUGUCUGCAUUGUGUACACGGGAUUAGAAAGCAUUAUUCCAAUAUGGAGGAAGGAGGUCGUAAAGCUACUACUGUGCAGACGCGGGCACUCCUACGUAUUGAGUCUCCCGCUGCCGUUCAUUGGUCCAUUCAGCAUCUUCAGCACCACGCAGACUGAACAGCGACACACAGCCAUGCAGCUCUCAUCAAAUGAGGAUGCCGCUCGGCGUACAAUGCUCUACACGGUUACUAUGAGACUAUUUAUCUGAUUUAUUUUUUUUUUUAAUCUCUAAUGACAUUGUUUCAUCAGUCUGUGUCAGAUGAGUACAGUCGGUGUAUUUACAGUUUGUUGUCUCCCUCGUUUUGACUGCCGAGAAGCCGUCCGUGUCGUCUAACUCCAGAAGAGGAAGCUACAUGUUUUCACCAUCACAGAUGCACGGACUCGCAGGUUUUGUUUGUUUCACCGGGUUUCCCUCCCGUCGAGUCGACAGGCAUGACGGACUGUAACACCGCCGCUCAGGUUAUAGGCGGCAGCAGCAGGAGCAGCAGUAUCUCAUGUACAGUGCCGCAUCAACAACAAGCCUCGCCGCCCGACCACCGGGUCCCCCUGCCGGCGCCCCGGUGUCCGCCGGUCCCCCGACGCCUCUUGUGACAUGACAGCUCGGGGAAGGAAGAGGAGGAUCAAAGGUUACGGGCAGGGGUUCAAGCAGGAGCGAAGACGGGUCGGAUCAUUGAGGAGAGAGCACGCGGAAACAGAGAGGAUACAGUCAUACCCCUGUCAUAAAAUUGAUGUGAUAGUUCGUUAAAUCCCUGCAGGGCAUUUCUCCCUUGGGCGUGCAGCCCCCUGGAGAGGUCAGAGCACGGGGGCAGCCGCAGAGCAGGGGGCUCCCUGGAGCUUGCUUGAUGUGCCCAUACAUCAGCAGGGCGUGUGCCUGUGCUGACACAGAGGAACUGAACCUGGACCCCGGUCUGACUGGACCCAGCAGCUCACCACCAUCACCACCACCACCUCUCCGUCCUGUGAUCCCACUGAAAGCCUUAUUGUGAUUUUACUGAUUCGGGCCUACAGCGUGGUAGCACCCACCUUUGCCUUACAGUCUCAUCUGAUGCACGGCCUCGUAGUGUUGAUACUGGUCGAGACCCAGUCAGCUGUGCUGUUCCCCAGGCCCGUCACUUGGCUGCUCCUGACCAUCACCUUCACCUGCACAGACAUGGGCUGCAUCCAGAGCAUAGCCUGUAACAAGUCACGCAUCAAACGGGAGAACAUCGUGGUGUACGACCUGUCCGCCACCAUAGACCACUGCCCCACUGUCAUCGAGGAGAACUCGCCUAUAGUGCUUCGGUACAAGACGCCCUAUUUCAAAGCCUCGGCGCGGAUUGUGAUGCCCCCCAUUCCGCGUAAUGAGACAUGGGUGGUGGGCUGGAUCCAGGCGUGCACCCAGAUGGAAUUUUACAACACCUACGGAGACGUCGGCAUGUCGAGCUGGGAGUUGCCUCAGCUGCGAGAAGGCCUGGUGAGGGCCAUCAGCGACUCAGAUGGCGUGAGCUACCCCUGGUAUGGAAAUACAACAGAGACUGUCACCAUAGUGGGCCCCACCUCCAAGCCAUCCCGCUUCAUCGUCAGCAUGAACGACAAUUUCUACCCGAGCGUCACCUGGGCCGUGCCGGUGAGUGAAUCCAACACGCCCUUACUGACGAACAUCAAAAGGGACCAGAGCUUCACCACCUGGCUGGUGGCGCUCAACACCACUUCCAGGGAAAAGAUCCUGCUCCACACCAUCAAGUGGAGGAUGAGGGUUGACAUCGCGGUGGAUCCGUCCCUGCCUCUGGGCUCCAGGGCCAGGUUAGUGGGCCGGGUGCACCAGGACCAGCCUCGGGUGCUGACCCGCAUGGAGCCCAUCCCCCCUAACGCCAUGGGGAGACCCAAUGCCAAUGACGCCCAGGUUCUGAUGUGGAGGCCGAGGAGAGGGCCUCCACUUGUUGUCAUACCGCCCAAAUAGAGCAUUGGGAGAAUCUGAUUGGCCGUUUGUUAUAUCAUAUCAUAGCGGGCCACUUAGGCAGUGAAACGGCUGAUGAGAUAAUCAGAUGAAAAGACAAAAACAGACAAAUAAGGAUCUAUAUGCAGGCUGUGUGAACUGUCGAUGGCACAAAGAAGAGUUGUAUUCUUUUCUGAGUAAAAUCUUGAGGGGACAACUGCCUUAAUUCCCCGCUGCUGCCUUUGACGAUCCAGAAAGUAUGUCGGCCUCUACUUCUGGUGCUCUUAAGCUGUUGGGUGUUCAGGCUUUUACUCCAGCCCAGCACAACUGAGCGAAGCACUGUAUGACUUUGAAAUAUUCCACCACCAAUGCUGGGAUGUAACACAAACCUGUACUGUAGCUACUCAGGCCCAGAAAGAAGUGGUCAAGCCUGAACACAGACCCUGUUUAAAAAAAAAAAAGAAAGAAAAAAAAAAGGUUCUUCAGCCUUAAUCACGUCAUAAUCCCUGGCCUGCUCUGGACUGUACAACAAAGUGUACUGUGUAAGAGUGUAACUGAAGGAAGGCAUUGCUGUUUUACGUGUCACACACACACAGGUCCAGGGGGGACAGCACUGCUGUGGGGCUUAUUCGUAACACACAGAGAUAACUAAAGUAUUAGCUGAAAUGUUACUGGGUGAUGUGCUUUCAGAGAUGACGUGAUUGUGGGUGGGUGUGCAGGCAUGUGUGUAUGUACUUGUGGUUGUGUGUUUUCUAUAAUGGAGCCCCAGGGUCAGGUCCAGGCUUGCUGCUUUGUCACACCAGACUGCCUCACAUACACAGAGACACACACUAGGAAGUGAUUAUGUUAUAUUGUAGGAUCUUUUAAAGAUGAUUUAAAAACAGAAAGAUUGUCAACAUGCACGCAUCCUCAGAGCUACUUAGCUUUUUACAUAUCACAAAACGUGUAGAAAUCACAGCUUGGAUUUAGUCAUACACACACACACACACACACACACACACACAGUCAUAGAUGAAGCCCUGCAGCAGGAUUUUUUUUUUCAUUGUUUGUUUUUUUCAAUCACAAAUGGCCAGUUCAUCCAAGCUGCAGAGCUUCUCCCUCCCUGCCUUUUGAAAGCCAGUGAUGCCUGUGUUGCUGACAGCCUCCUACGGUAGACACAUGAUUUCGCCUUUCCCUAUGUCCCAUCUAAUCAGAUUUGUGAGGUGAGGAAGCGAAGUUACUUUAUUUUACGAGUCAUAAAAUGAGUCUGCCCACAGUGGCUGUGAGAGGAGAAAGAGAGCUCUAAUAUGUCUUCAUUCAGUCAGUAUAUGUUGUUUAAAAACAGAGAUUGUAUUGAAAGAGAACUGUAUUUAUACUUAAAGAAUUGGUUCCCCCAAACAAAUAUAGCUUCUCACUUACAUCUAGCCUAAAUCUACCCAUGCAGAUUUUGUUUUCGAAUAUCUGUCGGUGAGAUUCUGCCUCUGAAAUAAUACACCGGAGGUCAAACAAAUUUCUUUUGUGAUCGCAGCUUUGAAAAACUACAGUUGAACAGACAGUAAGUAGGAGUCUACAGCCAUGCUAGCAGUUGUAUAUUGUCACAGUAGCACUUUGAGCUAAAUGCCAAUGUCAGCAUGCUAACAUGCUCAAAAGAACAAUGCUUUCAUGCUGAUAUUCUGCUCAUCAUCUUAAGCGUCUUAGUUUAGUGUGUUACAAAUCAAAUUUAUGACCCGGUGAUGAUGCUACAUGGAAAGAUACUGCACUUCAUCUGGAGAGGGACAGGGACUAUUUCUACCACAUUUCAUGACCAUUCAGCCAAAACAAGACAGUUCACUAAAAGCCAAAAACCUCUCUCUGGUGCAAGAGGGAAAAUCAGGGGUCAUUAGGAUUCAUCAUCUGGGAUGACUGUUUGUACAAAACUCCAUGGCCAUCAAGUGCAUUAGUUGUUGACAUAUUUCAGUCUGGACCAACGUGGUGGACCAUUAAACCACGGUACAGACAGACAUCACUAGAGCUGUGGCGCUAGAAAAAAACAAAAACAAACAAACAAAAAAAUUGUAAUGUAUCUUUCCAGGGACAGUGACAAAUAUUUUGAAGAGACUUUGUUAUUAUUUGUUCUCAUGAGGACUGUUUCCUCAAUAGAAUUACUAUCUCUGGAAAGACACGUUGAUUUUUUAAAUGUAAUUUGUCAAUGCUCUGAGCAUCACAAGUGGUUCUCCAGUCACCUUCAGUGUGUUGGAGUGGAAGCAGAAAUGUGAGAGACAAAUAUCUCAAAACCUGCCAAACUAAAACCAAAACUAUCUACAUGCAUUACACACACAGCUAGAGGUAAGUGAGAAUUUGUGUUUGGUUGAAUGGACCCUUUAUAGGUCGGUGCAGUAUUUGGUUUACACAACUUAGACUCUUGUGCCACUAUGAUCUUUUAUAAAAAUGUGUUUUUAUGAUGAUUCUUGACUGAAAAAGAAAACAAGAGCGCGAACAUGAACGUCUCGCGAUCGAGCUGAAUCUGACAGUAAAUGUUGCUAACUGUUUUCCUGGCAGGUCUAUGUGCUGUAUUUCUGUUUCGUACACACUCAGCGCACAAUGGGCCAGUAAAACAGGUCACGCUGAACUGCUGAGCUGGUCCAGAUGAGACAGAGAUGAAGAGAGACGGAGGAUGUAACCACGUUAUUUUACCCAUGCUGCUCAUUACUCUUGGUGCAAACCGAACAAGCCUUCACAUACAUACACACACACACAGAGUACACACCUCAUCUAGAACGACACUAGAGCCACUGGAAAGGACUGUUCUGCCUGUGUAUUGUGAGCCCUGGAACACACUCAUUGCGGACGGUGGAUAUUUUAACCACUUGCCUAUUGUAGCCAUGACUCAGGAGCAGUUUGUGAGGCAAAGAACAUCUGAGAGCCAACGCUGACAAGGGAAACAUCUAGAGCAGCACUUUAAACUGGAGAAACUAAGGUGGUGAUCUUUAUUGGUCUGUGAUUUUAAUCAGAGAAUUGUGGCUUUUAUAGGGUGAAACAAAACAGAAACUUUUUUUUUCACACGUUGCCCCGACUAAAGUGUUAAAGAAAAUACAUUUAUACUUGACCAUGAGGUCACACAGUCACUGUCUGUGUGUGUCAGGGCCUCAAGUGUCUUUUACAGUAACAGAUGUGCCUGAGGACUCGGGUAGAGCGGUACACGGCCCUUCAUGAGGAGCUCGACUAAUUCCUACUUGUUCCGCUGAUUGACUGGAGUUUAAUGCAGUGAUAGUUCAAAAACGACUGGGUAAUGGUGGUUUACAGUGUUAUAAUAUGAAGAACAUGAAACUCUGCCGUGUUACAGUCCUUUCUCUCAGACUGUCUGGCUUUUGCAUGCAGUGUUUUUAAACCCAUUAAAACAAAUGCCAAAUA